CAUCGACCACUUUCUAUCCACAAAUAAAGCCGCCUCGCCAACGCUGCUCAACCAUUGUAACUACAAAGAUUCAAGCGCGAAGGCACAUCCGCAGUCCUAAGUACCACAACAUCCGCCCGAACCUCCCCCCGAACACGGAAUAGAAACAACAAAUCGACGGGCAAAAAAAGAUGCUCUCCACGCCAGGCCCCUCGCGCGGGCCGUCAUCCAGCUCAAGACACAGAGACCGAGAUCGGGCCCGCGGAGGGACAGAAGCAGGCAGCCCCCGCCGCGCAGGAACACCCCCGCUCCCCACGUACGAACCGCCCAUCGCACAUCUCAACGAAUCAGGCCAGCAGGCACUACUAGUUCUUUUGCGCGCGCAGGGGCUGCGGCAACUCAAGACGCAUCUCCAGCAUGUUGAGACGAAGCUCACAGACUCGGCGGGCGAGAUUAAUGAGAAGUUGACGGAUGCAAGGGAGAAGGCGAGGAAGCGAAGGGAGAGGGAGAGGGAGCGGGGUGUGGAUCGGUCUAUGACAGAGGCUGGAGACGGGGAAGGAGGGGAAGGGAAUUUGGAUGAUGGGAGUGCGGCGUCGGAGGAGACAUUGCGGUUGAAGGGGCUUGAGGAGCGUAUUGAGGCUCUUACGGGAAGGUUGGAUGCUAGUAUGCGGCGGGCGAUCGAUUCGGAGACUAGGGUUUAUGGGUUGGAGGAGAUUCUGGGAGCGUUGCAGAAUGAGGUUGAUGCGAAUGUGAAUACGGGCAAUCGAAGGCAGAGGCAGCGGCGGCGGACGAGGCGUGGUGCUGAUGAGGAAGAAGAGGGAGAGGAUGGUGAUGAGGGGGGCUUGUAUGAGGCUACACCUGAGCCGGAGGUGGAUCGGGAGGAAAUUUCGUUGAGACGGAAGCUUGCAGAGAGAAUGGAUGAGGAACAAGCAAAGUGGGAAAACCUGUCAUUGACAGAGCGCUACUCCGAAAACAACGACUACAAAGGCUUCUACCGCAUCAUCCACGACUCCAAACACCCCGACGAUGCCAUUCCUCCACUCCCACACCCCUCAACCUGGUUCGCCCACCUAGAAGACACCAACGCCUCUGCAAGAUCACCCACCGCCGCGCCUUCGCGAAACACCCGGCAACAACGUACUCGCGCCGGCUCUUCCACAAGUGCAGACUCCGACGACCUCGCCAUUGAACGCGAACGUAUCUCACUCAAAUGCCCACUCACCCUCCUCCCCUUCCGCGAUCCUGUCACCAGCACCAAAUGCCCUCACAGCUUCGAACGCGAGGCCAUAACAUCAAUGAUCAGCCAGAGCCCCAUGACCGCCCCAUCUCAAUCAUCCACUUCCGCCCGCGGAGGCCGCAGAAUCCGCGCCGUGAAAUGCCCAGUCUGUUCAGAGGUUCUAACGAAUAAUGACCUCCGCGAUGACCCUGUCCUAGUACGCCGCGUGCGUCGGGCCGAAAUAGCCCUGAGGCGGGAGCGCGAGGAGGAAGAGGACGAACUAGGUCCUUCAGAUAGACGAAAGCUUCGACAGAGCGGGAUUACUGUUGGUAGUGAUGACGAUGGUAGUGACGAUGGUAGCAAUGGCCGUGGGGAUACAAUGGACGUUGACCAGGUCCGAAUCAAGCAGGAGAGGGCGGUGUCGCGUGGUGUCACUGAGACUGAGGACCGUGAAAGUGAGACGCAGGAUUCAGGAGUGGACGAAGAUGAAGAUGUUGGAGACGACGACGAGUAGUACGACUACCAUGGGUUGUAUAUAGAUCUCCCUCGUACUAAUCGAUAAAACUCGCUUAUCUCUAUCAUCCAUAUCUAUGUAUCUGCCUCGGCCCAUCUUCAGGUUCCCAGGAAGGAAGGGCCGGAUCCUGGCCCGGGGUCGCUCCUGCCCCAUCCGAACCCGCUUGUCCAUCGCUCCUGCCAGUCUCCACGGAGGUAUAUGUAUUAUGGGAAGGUGCACAUCGUAGUCCGAGG